AUGGCCACUCCGGACGUCAGCGUCCACAUGGAGGAGGUGGUGGUGGUGACGACGCCUGGCGGUGCCGUGGAUGGGAGCGGCGUGGAGGAGGUGAAGACGGUGCUGGUCACCACCAACCUGUCCCAGCACGGCGGGGACCUAAAUGAAGAUACGUCGGCGGCUGCGCCUCCCGCCGCCUUUACAGCCUCCACGCACCUGAAGGAAGCGGUCCUAGUGAAGAUGGCUGAAGAUGAGGACACUUUAGAGGCAGAGAUUGUCUACCCCAUCACCUGCGGGGACAGCAAAGCCAACCUCAUCUGGAGGAAGUUUGUGUGUCCUGGGAUCAACGUGAAGUGUGUGCAGUUUGACGAUCACCUAAUAAGCCCUAAGGAGUUUGUCCACUUGGCAGGGAAGUCGACCCUGAAGGAUUGGAAGCGGGCGAUCCGGAUGAAUGGCAUCAUGCUCCGCAAGAUCAUGGACUCAGGAGAGCUGGAUUUCUACCAGCACACAAAGGUCUGUUCCAACACCUGCAGGAGCACCAAAAUCGACCUGACCGGAGCCAGGGUGUCCUUGACCAGCCAGACAUCGACCGAGUACAUCCCUCUCACUCCCGCUUCUGCGGAUGUGAAUGGAUCCCCGGCUACGAUUACCAUAGAAACGUGUGAGGAUGCGGGCGAUUGGAGCACCAGCAUUGGAGACAACACCUUCGCUUUCUGGCGAAGCCUGAAGGACACUGGUCUCCUGGAAGAAGUAAUCCAGGAGCUCCACCAGGAGCUAGUGGAGACCAUGAAGGGUUUGCAGCAGCGAGCGCAGGAUCCCCCGCUGCAGCUCGGAGAUGCUGUUUUACUCAACAACAUAGUCCAGAACUUUGGUAUGCUGGAUCUCGUCAAGAAGGUCCUGGCCAGCCACAAGUGUCAGAUGGAUCGCUCAAGGGAGCAGUACGCACGGGAUUUGGCAG